UGAGCUCUUGCCCCGACAAAAAUAAAGUUGUAGUGUAGGAGGAGCUUUUCUGAUUGUAGCGUUUCAGAAUCCAUUUUUGAUGUUGCAGAAAAAUGCUGCCUCUUCUUCCAGAAGCAUUCUUCAAAAGAGUGAUAUCCCAUAUUCCCUAUCCUCUUUAUUUAAAAACCCACCUCAGAGAUCUGGUUCCAAUUCCAAAUCUGAGAAAAUUGGUACAAAAGCUAGUCUUUCACCAUUCGAAAGUUUGCGUGCUGUGGGUUGUGGGUUUGGGGUGUUUGGUGGAUUUCUGAAGAGGGGUUUUGAGCCUGAUGCGGUCACGGUCACUACUUUGGUGAAAGGUGUGUGGAUGGAGAAUGGGAUUCCGGAUGCAGUUCAAUUGUUUGAUGAAAUGACUGAGAAGGGGCUUUUCGGGGAUGCGAAGACCUAUGGAAUUCUUAUCAAUGGUCUUUGUAAAGCUCGAAAGACGGGUCUCGCUAUUAAGUUGCAUGAGAAAAUGAAGGGGAAUUGCAAGGGUGACGUCUUCACAUAUGGCAUGAUCAUUGAUUCUCUUUGCAAAGAUGGGAUGACCACUGAGGCGCUGGAUAUGUUUUCGGAAAUGAUUGGUGCUGGCAUUUUGCCGGAUGUUGUUGUUUACAGUUCUUUGAUGGAUGGACUGUGUAGGUUUGGACGGUUGAAAGAAGCCUUAGAGUUUUUCAAGGAAAUGGAGGGUCGAGGAAUUUCUGCAGAUGUGUAUACGUACAACUCCCUGAUUCAUGGUUUGAGCAGAGCGGGCCUGUGGAAAGAAGUCACAUGGUUUUUGAACCUAAUGGUGGAUCGUGGCUUUUCACCAGAUGCCUUUACAUUCACCAUACUAAUAGAUGGUCUGUGCAAAGAGGGGAAGGUUGGAGAAGCUCAGCAGAUACUUGAACUGAUGCAUCACAAAGGCAAGGAGCCUGACAUAUUGACAUAUAAUACGCUCAUGAAUGGGCUAUGUUUGGUGGGUCAGUUGGAAGAUGCCACAAAGCUUUUUGAAUCUCUGGCGGAUAGAGGCAUUAAGCUCAAUGUAUUCAGCUAUAAUAUAUUGAUUAACGGGUACUGUAAGGACCAGAAGAUAGAUGAAGCAUUUCGCCUUUUUGAAGAAAUGCGUCCCAAGGGACUGAAGCCCAGCACCGUUACUUACAACACACUGAUUGGAGCUCUAUGCCAGUCAGGGAGAGUCAGAACUGCCCAAAAACUAUUUGUGGAGAUGCAAACUUGUGGCCAAUUUCUGAAACUAUCUACAUAUUGUGUUUUGUUGGAUGGGCUCUGUAAGAAUGGACACCUUGAGGAGGCAAUAGAUCUAUUUCAGUCUAUUAAGAAAACUGAACAUAAACCAAAUAUUGAAGUUUUCAGCAUACUUCUUGAUGGGAUGUGCAGAGCUGGUAAAUUGGAGGAAGCAUGGAAACAAUUUGAUGAAAUCUCAAAGAACGGUUUGGAGCCUGAUACUAUAGCAUAUAAUAUAUUGAUCAACGGCCUCUGCAACAAAGGAAUGUUAUCAGAGGCUGUUAAAUUGCUUUGGCAAAUGGAAGAGAAGGGAUGUUUACCAGACUCCAUUACGUUCAAUGUCAUUAUUCAAAAUCUUCUUAAAGAAAAUGAGAUCCAUGAAGCAAUUCAGCUUCUUGAGGAGAUGCGGAACAGAAACUUCUCACCUGAUGAAGCAGUCACUUCAAUGUUACUAUGCCUUGCUUCAUUUGAUCCACAAUGGCAUGCAGCCCUUGUGUCACUUCCAAAUGCUCUCCAAAAGGGGGUUGGAUCAGUUCCUGUAAAAAGGAGAAAAACAUGAUGACAAAAGAAUCUGGUCCAAGAAAGGUCGAGAUCAUAUACUGUGGCUUCAUCCAGUACAUGAAAUAAAUUUUAAUCCUUCAUUAGUUACUCUUGCAUAAAUGCUAUGGUAAUUUUUUUACUGGAAAGUUCAUGUACCAUUUACUCAUGUGACAGUGAUGACUGGAUAUGAAUAAGUUUUUGCAUGUAUUCCUCUCUAAUGAUCUCUUUUUCAACAUCAUCUCAAAAAAGUUGAUAGAGGUGGUGAUAACAUCAUCAUUCUUGUAUAAUUGUAUACAUGAAAUGAAUCGAUUGUAUGAGCUAUUGAGAAUCA